GUAACAUUCGAUUGUGUCAACACCUGUGUCAAACAAUUAAUGCAUGGAUUCGAACCAAAUUUUGGAGGAUUUUCAAGCUCUCCUAAGUUUCCUCAGCCAGUUAAUUUUAAUUUGUUGUUCUCAAUGUAUGCAAGAAAUCCAGAAUCGGUACUUGGAAAAGAGUGUUUAAAAAUGUCUAUACAUACUUUGACGAAAAUGGCAAAUGGUGGGAUUCACGAUCAUGUUGGACAGGGAUUUGCCAGGUACUCUGUAGACGAAAAAUGGCACGUUCCACAUUUUGAGAAAAUGUUGUAUGAUCAGGGACAACUCCUUAGAUCAUAUUCAGAAGCUUACUUGGCAACGAAAAAACCAUUCUUUGCAGAAAUAACCAAUGAUAUUGUCACUUACGUCGUUCGAGACUUGCGACACCCUGAGGGAGGAUUCUAUAGUGCAGAGGAUGCAGAUUCACUUCCAACACACGAGGCAAAGGAGAAGCAAGAAGGGGCCUUUUAUGUUUGGGAGCACGGAGAAAUCGAGUCCUUGCUGAACAACGAAACAAUAAAUGCUGAAGGUUUAACUCUUUGCGAUGUAUUUUGCUAUCAUUUCAAUGUCCAGCCAGAAGGAAAUGUCGGCAGACAUCAG